AGACAUGACAACAGUGGUGCUUGACCCACGUUCCAUUAUCGAAGCUCUUUCAUGUGUUCAAUCAGGCAUCACGGCAGAGGAUAUCACUCAUCCAGCAGCGAAUCGCGUGCAGUCAAUUUACAAUGCGUUCUGUUCCCAUAUACUUGAAGUACCGGAGAAAUGCUUGAGUGAACUUCCAUUUGGUUGUCAGCUGAAUCCUGAAACCCUUGAGUUGCAACACAAAAGUACACCGCUGCUCUUGCUGUUUACUACGAUGCGCUGUUUCAUUACCGAUUUUGGGGAUGGCGAGUUGGAUUUUACUAUGUGUGAUCUCAUAAAUCCUAGUCCGAGAAGAACUCGGAGAUUAUUCUCUACUGCAUCGCAAGUGUUUGAAAAGACUUGCGCCGAGUACGAUGACGCUCGCAAAGCUAUAGAGGAUGGCCAAGAGCAGAUACGCCGUGAAGAAAUGCGCAAAGCCGCACUCCGCAGCGAACAAGAUGCUAGGAAAAGGAAGGAGAACGCGCUCUUGGCUGAGUACAAUUCAAAAAAUACCGUCCUCACCGAACUAAUCAAGCAGUCGCAAGCAAACGAAGCGAGAAGAGACGCGCUGUUGGCGUCAAUAAAAUCAACAAAAGAGGAAAAGAAAAGCCUGCUCGUGGAAAUCAAAUCUCUUCAAAACGAGAUCGAACAUCUGACGAAAGGUAUCGUCAAUUCACCUGAACGAGUGCGUGGCGAAGCGAACUUCCAACGCGAAGAGAUAAAACGUCUCCAGAAUAACUGCAAAGAGGAAAGCCAGAGAAUCUCUAACAAUGCCGAGUCAAUGUCAAUCAUCGAGCAAGCAGCAAAAGUCCUCAACGAACGUUUCCACGAACUUGAAAAGUUCGGUGAUUUGAAGACUCAAAUUCAACUUCUGGAACAAGAUGCUUCGCAGGCCAAAGCUACCCUAAUCGAAGCAACAAGAAGCAGACAACAGACGUGUGAGGAGCUCUCCAAACUAGCUGCGUCUGGCAGUGAAGAAGUGAAGAAGUAUGAACGUGCGCGAGAACUCUACAGAACACGACUAGUGGAUCUGAAGACGAAGAAAGAGGAGUUGAACGACGCCAUCAUAGCACUAAAAGGGAAUGAUCCUUGCGUACGUGGCGAAAUGGUUCAGAUUAGGAACGAAAUGCAACGUCUGGGUAAGGAACGAGCUGACGAAAACAAGUAUGCUCGAAUGCAAUGCUUAGAACUCUUAAGUCGAUUUGCUGACUUGGUUGAAAAGUACCAACGAGCGGAAAAGUUGUUCGAUUCGCAAACGGCAGCUUUUAUGGAAGUAAUCCACGAACUCAACGACGUUCUCGAGGAAGGCGAACAGUCAAUAGAACAAUCAGUCCAAAAGCACCUGGAUCUGCUCUGAUUGUAGGAAAAGGUGCACAAUCGCUCAUCACCCGAAUCUCAACAAUAAUCUCAAGAAAAAUGGAAGAUGUGUUUUCUUACGGUGCACUCGUUUUUCACUGUAUAAUCAGGCAUGUGAAUUUUACUUCUUUGUUUUUGUUGUCAGAAGUUCUUGUACAUAAAUUGAUGAAAUCAGUCUUGUCGUAGAGACUAA